CGUCCAGCGCAGAACGAGGACUGUAUUGGCCUCAUUCAUUUCAGUGAAUGUAGAGAAAUAAAAUCAUGUUUGUGUUUGUUUUAAGUCUCACGAUUCUUCUGUUCACUUCGUGUCCUGCAACAGCGAAAACAGUUUCUGGAGUUUUCCGGAGCGACGCGGCAAGAGAAACCAGGGGACAAUACAUCACAAGAUUUCAGUUUCAUGGUGAGAAUGCUGUGAUCGUCUGUCGUGUUGAUGAUGCUCACGUGGCUCUACAGAGAGAAGCAAGACUGCUGCUGUUUCAGGGCCUCGACGCUUUUGACAAUCUCAGCUGUCUGGAGAGAGUUUCUGCAGCGCACAUCUCCAUUAUUGUGAGUAAAGCGGAGCAGAACCAGACGAUACCACAACAGUCCAGUCCACAGCUGUGGUAUGUGAUGUAUGCGGACCGUUACACCUGUCAGGAGGAGCAGGUGGACCGGCAGCUGGAGGACAUACACUUCCAGAUAAUCCUACUGAAUCCGGAUGCUGAAGGAAAUCCAUUGGAUCACUUCAGCGCUGAGGAGGCCGGUCUGCACAGUUUCUACUUCCUGUCGGUCUUGGCGUAUUUCGUGGCGUCAUGCAUCUACGUGCAGCCGCUGUGGCAGGCGUUGAGUAAAGGCGGUCCUAUGCUCACUGUGCUGAAGGUUUUAUCUACAGCGCUGUUUCUGCAGGGAACAUCAGUGCUGCUCAACUACGUCCACAUGGCCCGUUACGCUAGAGAUGGGAUAGGGAUGCCUCUGACGGGCAGCCUCGCCGAGUUGUGUGAUAUGAUCGCUCAGGUUCAGAUGGUCUAUAUGUUGUUGAGUUUGUGUGUCGGCUGGUCUCUGAGUCGCAGCAGGAAGUCUUUGAGUAAACCGCUUCAGUGGGAUUCAUCUCCUGUGUCCACGGGUGUCGCAGUGGCCACGGUCAUCACACAGGCAGCAUUACUGAUCUGGGAACAGUUUGAGGACACAGAGCAUCACAGUUUUCACAGUCAUCACAGUAUCGCCGGGCGGCUGCUGAUGGUGCUGCGUGUGGCGCUCGCUCUCUUUCUGGCAUCAGUCAUCUAUAAGAUGGUUUCAACAGAGAGAAGUUCACUCAAGAGAGAUUUCUAUCUCAGUUUCACAAAGGGUUGUUUUCUGUGGUUCCUGUGUCAGCCAGUUUUGGUUGUGUUCUCAUUAACGCUGAAUGAACAUCAGAGAGAAAAGGUGGUCACGAUCGGUGUGAUUUUGUGUCAGUGUAUCUCAGUGGUGAUUCUGUACCAACUCUUCCUGUCACGCAGUCUUUAUUGGGAAGUGUCGUCGCUGUCUUCCGUCACGCUGCCUCUGACCAUGAAGCGAACCGCUCGAGAUCGAUACUGAGAAGACGAUGGUCUGAUGAAGACCUGGAGACACACUGAAGUCAGCAAACUCCGCAUCUAAACACACAAACUGAUGCUCUUUAGUCACGUGACCGUCGUGCACAGAGAUGAACAUCAUUCUGGUGUUAUUGAUGAUGUUAUUUAUUCGAUGAAGUUUCUCUCUGACACACAGAAGUGUAAAUGAGGAUCUGUUCAUUCAUUAUUCUCAUCUAUAAGUCCGGCACAUUCUGUCAAAGCGAGAGACGAAGCUAACGGUGUUAUUGUCUGAGACAGUACUGAAACAAUGCCACCUGAUUCUUGUUUUAUGGCUCAUAAAUGUUUUUAUUUGUAAUCUGAAUUAGGUUGUAUAAUUAUUAGACAUUUCCUAUGAGUGCCUGAAUUGACAAUCACUUUUAAAGAAAUGAAUAUUGAGGAAGUUUAUUGAUUCCCUCUCCUUCCUACUGAAAAAAAACCCACCAGCAAAACCAGUUAAAAGCAAUCUGAGAGACCAGCUAAAACCAGCUCACCAGUUUAUGCUGGUCUCUCAGCUUGGUAUUAACUGGUUUUGCUGUGUCUAGCUGGAAAUAGCUGGUCAGACUGAAGGACCAGCUUAAACCAGCUACAAGUUUAUGCAGUUUUUUUUUCAGUAGGGCUGGGUCCUACACAUUUCAGUGUGACAUGUGACAGAUUUGUUGGGAUAAAAACUGUUAACUCACGCAUGUGUUGCUGUGGAAAUAUGGUUAAUAAACGUCAUGUACACGAUUAGUCAGUUUGUAUUGUGUUGGGUGUCACUGAUGAAGAAAGGAUUUUGAGAUAAAUGUGAAAGAUUUAUGUAUGUGUCAUUGAACAGCUCAUGGUGUGAUGAAAUGAGGUGAAUUCAGUCUGAUGUAAUAAACCAAGCCCUGCAGAUGAUGUAGCUCUAUACAGGUUUGGGAGGAGCUUAAACAUUCAGGCCUGUCAAUCAUCAUUGUGGGCGUAUAUAAGGAAGCCUUAGGGCCUCCGGGUCCAGCUGUAGUUGUUCCGACAUACAAUCUCCUCUUUAACUCCUCCAUGCAGUUUCUGUUGUAUGGGGUGGAAGUUGGGUCUCGAGCCCAGGCCUGAGGUUCAAUCUAUCUGAAGGUUCAGAGCUCCCUUCGAGGACAGCAAGCCAAGUUCAUUUACCAUUAAUCAUUAAAGGUGGGGUGCAUGAUCUCUGAAAGCCAAUGUUGAUAUUUGAAAUCACUUAAACAAACACGCCCGUACCCCAAUAGAUCGACCCGCCCCACGCAUACGUAACCCAGGCAACGAUGUUGGUUAGUAGACACGCCCCUUACUGCUGAUUGGCUACAUGUGUGUUUUGGUGGUCGGCCAGACUCCCUUAUCCAAAGUGUUUUUCCAAAUCAUGCACCCCGCCUUUAAAACCUGAAUGCACAGGUGAAAUACUUGGAAACAUGAACACAAUCACUACUGUCUGAGCUCAUGUUAACAGAGAAACUAUUUCUAUAAUAUUAUCUAGUGAUGUAAAUAAACUUCCUUCUUUUACAAAUUUGAUCUAAAAAUGUUGAUUGAUUGGUCAGUCCAGCAUCUGUAGUUAUUGAUGAAUCUACACAGAAGUUGAUCUUCAAUGAACCUGACCUGCAUGUUUUGUAGUUUAUGUGAAGCAUAUCCAUGCUUAAAAAAAACAGCAUAGACAAGCAUAAUUCCCAUGCUGGUUUUGUCACCAACAUACCAGCACCAAAACACAACAUAUGCUGUUUUUAUCAGCAGGGAUCAGAGAUCUCAUUUCAUUAUCCACAGCUCAAAUAAAACCAGAGAAUUAGGUCAUCUUAAUAUUAAGAGAUGUUUGUUUUUUUCUUCUCAUCGGAUUUCAGUUUUAAAAAUAAAGAGAAAUUAAAGAUCCUUUUAUUCAACAUUUCAAUAUUACAGAUGAAACUGAGUUCAAAUGAAAGAUCCAGGAUCAUACUGUACAUGACGUAUGUUCAGUUUAUAUAAUAAAAGAUUUGUUUGCUGUGAUUACAGGGAUUCAUUUACUCUUUGAAUGUUCAAAUCUCUUCAUUCAUUCAUUCAGUCAUGAGUCAUUACUCCUCU